UAAUAAUGGAGGAUUUCACCGUUGCAUCUUCAUUGGAUUGGGGUCCAGGAGAUUCGGAUAGGAUCCUAGUCCCUUCUGGAGUAGACGAACUAGGACUGCUAGAAGACCAAAUGGAGACCUUAGACUCCAACUCCAGGAUAAUUGGACAGUUUAAUACCUCAACACCAGGACAGACAAUCCUGCCUGAUCCUGGUAUUGGAUUCUGGGUAGAGGGUGUUCUAAUGGCUUUUGUCGGAGUUAUUGGCAUAAUUGGCAAUAUUCUCGGAUUCAUCAGGUUUUCAGUCAAGUCUGCGGACAAGAAUUUCCACCAGUUGAUGAAGAUGUUGGCAGUGUUUGAUUUUAUUUAUAUCUUCACAACUCUCUACCUCUUCUCCAUUCCACACAUCUAUCCACAAUUGACAACCUACGAUGCUUAUAUCGAGAUCAUUCCUUUUGGACUUCCCUUGGCUCAAAUUGGACUCACAGGAUCUAUCUACUGUACGGUGGCAAUUGCUGUAGAGAGGUACACAAUCGUGUGUCACCCCUUCUUUAAGUUCUCUGCUGAGUGGAAAGCAAGGAUGUAUUUAAUCCCAAUUGUCGUCUUUUCCCUUCUCUUCAAUCUGCCAAAAUUCUUCGAAUUAACGACUGAGUACGAUUACAUAAACAAGGAAGGAUUUAAGAACUUGACGGACAAAUUUAACCAGACAGAGUUCUCCCUAGAAAACCUGACUGCUGAAGACUGGAUCAACUUCCAAAACGAAACUCUUGGCCAACGUCUGAGUUUAAUCCCAACACGGCUGCGGAGUAAUCAAACCUACAUCCAGGUUUACCUCACCUACCUGAACCUAUUCAUCCAUGGUGUAAUCCCAAUCCUGGCGCUUCUCAUCCUCAAUAUCCGGAUAUACUUCAGGAUUAAAAGUCUAGUCUCCACAAACUUUCUGCAGGGACCUUCUAAACGAGAGCUAGCCCUUACUCAAGUCAGUCUCGUUAUCGUAGCAGUAUUCCUUGUAUGUCAUGGUGUAAGAUGGAUUCCCAAUCUGUGGGAACUCUCCCAUACUCAGGAGGGUCAGGAAAUGAGUGAAAUAGUCUGGCCGGCGUGGAUCACCAAGACGGUUCAAGUCUCACAUGUUCUUACUGUUCUCAACUCAUCUGUAAACUUCUAUAUCUAUAUUGUAAAGCAGUACAGGGGAAACAGUACGGUGACUGAAUAUCAAGAUGUUCCGAAUGACACUGUCUGCAACAUUGCUCGGAAUGAGAGCUUUCAAACAAUGAACGGUGUACAGGAUACAUACGUCUGAGAGUUCUUCGGGUACAUCAACAUUGUAUUCAGAUUUGUUCAACGCAUCAACAUUAUCUUUAGAUAUGUUCAUUAUAUGAACGUUAUGUUUAGAUAUGUUCAUUAUUUGAACGUUAUGUUCAAAUCUAUUAUUCUAAAUUCAAAUCUGUCCGCCUAGAUUAAAAUGGGUUUAAACUCGUUCAAACUCUUAGUAGAGACUUCAAACAUUUUGAUAUGGAAGGCAAUUUUGAAAACCACGGACAUGCUGUCUUCUUAGAAGUUAAAGCUGCUUAAGCACUUUGAUAGUUUCAAUCAUCAGAAAGUUUAAAAAGUAGUUUAGCCUGAUUGAAUACUUCAGAAAAAAAGUAUUAAUCUGUAUAAAAACUUUGUUCAUAGGUUAUGCUUAUAAAACUCUUAAUAGCGGGUGAAGUGUUGAGAAUAGCUCUCUUGAACACUUUGUUCAGAGUUUAUGUUAGCGGAUGUUUAAGACCUCUUGAACACUUUGCGUGGGGGUUAUUUUAGCCAUCUUAAACACUUUGCUCAGAAGAUGUGUUAUACCUCUGUAACACUUUGCGCAGAGGUUGUGUUUGACAACUUAAACAUUUUUCGCAGAGGUUGUGAAAGACCUUUUAAACACUUUGCGCAGAGGUUGUGUUAGACCUCUUGAUUACUUUGAGCAGAGGUUGUGUUAGACCUCUUGAACACUUUGCGCAGAGGUUGUGUUAAAUAUCUUGAUUACUUUGAGCAGAAUUUGUGUUAGACCUCUUGAAAACUUUGCGUAGAGGUUGUGUUAGACCUCUUGAACACUUUAAGUAGAGGUUGUGUUAGACCUCUUAAACAUUUUGAGCAGAGGUUGUGUUAGACCUCUUGAUUGAAGACUUUGGCUGCACACACGACCCUGAGCUAACUACUUAUAUGCGUUGAUUGAUUGAUUGCAUGAUUGAUUGAUUGAUGCAUAAUUUUGUUCGCAAUUAAUUAUUUAAACAAACUUU